AUGGACCAACUUUACGACCUAAUUCGAUUGUCAAAUCAUUUGGAUAUUUCAUUUCUUAUCGCUCUUCAUUCACAAGGCAGAAGUGUCAUCACUGUUAAAGAUGCUUAUUCGCGAACUACACAAGUUAUUGGGAGGAUCUCACUGGGCAUUGUUUGCAAACUACCAAAAAAUAUUUUGCCUUUGAACGUCAACCAUUCUUUGAACACUAAUAGUCUCGACCAUUUCGGCUGCCUUUUAUCGAAUUUGAGAAUGUUACUUCAACAAACUUGUCCGGGAAAAAUUAAUUGUGCUAUCCAAAGCCUGAAUAUUGGUUUGUGGAAUGACGUUCGUUACAUUUUAUAUGGAACUUGGGAUAAACUUGUAAUACAUAAUGGAUGUUUUGAGCAUGUGCAGACUAUAGGUUUAUGUGAGUUUUUUGGGAAAUUACAUAGUCCAGGAGAAAAUCAAAUUGUAUCUGUUGAGCUUUCGGAACACGACGGAAAGAUUGCUGUCACGUAUGAAUGUAGCGUGAUUAUACUUGAGCCUUAUGCUAUCAAUAAAGAUGCGCAAACGCUAUGGAAACUACUCACCAUCUUGAAAUAUAAUGUUCCUGUACUUUGUACAGCAUGGAGUGCGAAUAACGAAUAUCUAUGGGUGGGUGGCGGAAAUCUAUCAUUAUGGAAAUACAGAACAAACCCCGAUAACACAGAUAUUGUGGAUUGGUCAAAAAUAUGGGAACAAAUUGUCGCGUCAAAUAUAACCUUAGCAAAGUUGUCACCAGACUGCAGGUUACUUGCCGUUGUGGGCCAAUAUGAUCGGAACGUAAAGAUUUGGUGGCGAAUUGAUGAUAUUGAUGUUGGUGUCCCGGAGUAUGACUUUAAUUAUUUAGCGCAUCCACAAACAGUCACGAAUUUUGCAUGGCGAAAAUCAUCUUCAGAUCAAGCAAAUAGUAUUCUUUUGACGAUGUGUCGUGAUGGUAUAUGUCGUAUAUGGGCGGCGACAAAUCCUGAAGAACCUCAAUUUCUAUAUAUUUGCACAGUUAUCGACCCCAGUCAAUUCUUGGUUGCCACUACCGACGAAAAUGACGAUGCGCUCAUUAACGACUCUUCGAAAUUCACACCAAUACAUUAUAUUCAAUCUGAUGAAUUUGUAAGCGCUGUGAAUUUAGCAUAUGACGCGCUCGAUCUAGAUGUCGAAGCAGGAGAUAAUUACGCGAGACGACAAUUAAAACGAUUAAAAGAGCUUAUCGUGGAUAAAUCAGAUUUGUUGUAUCAAGUACAGCGGGAUGGAUCAAUGAUUGUCUGGGCAAUACAGCAUUUGAGUAGUCGACCCCGUCGUGUUCCUCGAGUUCUUGUAUUGAUGCGUAUGGAGCAAGCUCUUUUGCCAUUAGAUGCACCUUAUUUUGAUGGGACCACUACUACAUUUUAUGAUCAUCUUGGCUCUAAAACUCGAUCUUCAAUUAUUCCGGCCGAACUUUCCAUUGUGGCUCAGGGUCCUCAUGGCCGAAUUAAUUGUUACUCUAUCAGCUUGACCGACUUCUUUGAUAAUACUCGAUUGACUACGCGAUUGUAUUUGAAGAAUUCUUGGACUGGGCAUCAUUGUAACAUUGAAUCAAUUGUCAAAGCCCCGGGAAUAAAUAAUAUAGUGUCAGUAUCCAAUAAUGGCGAAGUGGUUGUAUGGGCGAUUGACAUUCCACAGUUUGGUUUACGUGUAAAUCGUGGAAUUGUUGAAAAAUCAUCUGUUUGUUUGGGUUCGGUUAUUAAGCUAGUUUGUUUGCUUCCCGGAGGUGAUUUUUUAGCAGCUUAUGAUCAACGAGAAAUAGUUCUCUUUUCUACAAAUAAUCCAGAUGGACGUUCUCAUGAGAUUUCUCAUUUUGAGAAUUACGAUCCAGCAUACGAGCUUUGCUUAUUAUUUUCGUUUCCCCAACAUUCGAAUACUUUUCCAAAAAGCAAUGUAUCAUAUGUUGCCGGUGUAAGCAUGAAGCAAAAUUCAGUUUUUUGUUGGAAAGUCAUACAUAAUGAUCAAGCUCUCAAAACUCAUUUUAUAUCUCGUGUAUCUCUUCCGACCACCUGUGAUAUAUCCAUGGCCGUUUCGGUUGGUCAAUGGGCUGGAGCCUAUUCAAGCUGCCAUACGCGUUCACGAGACUCGAAUCCACCAGUGCUUUUGACUUUUUCCGAUGACGGGUGUUUAACGUAUUGGCGUUUUAAUUUUGCGGCGGAUCACGUGGCUAGUAAUAAUAAUGAUAAUGAUACAGAGUCUUCGAAAGAUAUUUGGUCGGUUAGUCUUCAAGUUACCAUUGACCAGAAACGGCUUGCACUCAUUAAAUGUGGGCCUAAUGAUCGAGUAGCACUCGUAAAUGAAUCUAGGAAUGAAAUGUCUAUUUGGGAAUCGAUUACCCCACGUAUAGCUGCUAUCAAAGAAUAUGUAAUAGAAUCCAGUGAUCCGAUAGUUGAUGUCGAUUGGCUAUUCACUACUAAUGCUGAACUAGUUGUAGCUGUUGCCACAGCUCAAAAAAUCGCGAUUUAUACACAGCUACGAAAAUACGAUGUAUCAGUUCGAUCAUUAGGAAUUUUGAUUUCUCAAAUUGAUAUACCACCAAUGCUGCCGGAUUCUAUCACGGCUAUAUCGUGGAGUUCAAGUGGUUCAUUGGUUGUAUCAACUGGGAAUCAAUUGCGCUGCUAUAAUAAAUGGCUGAGUGAAGCUAGUUUUCAACAAGUUUCGCGUAUAACUGGAGUCAACGAUAGAUUCCCGACUUUAUUUCAUAUCGUUGAUCAUUUUAAUGGCCCACUACCACAUCAUCAUCCGACUCUUCUUCUUCAAUAUUUGCUAUGGGGGAAAAUGGAUCUUGUUAAACAAAUUCUAGCAUAUCUUUAUAAUUACCUUAAAAUCAUUAAAGACGCGGAUCAGCAAGUCACGCAAAUUCUUCCUGUUCCUUUUGACAAAUUGUUUGAUUACGAGCCCGAGCCAAUCUCAUCGACUUCUCAAAAAGCUCGUUAUAGUCUCCUCUUUGACUCUGAUAGUGAAGAAGGAAGUUCAUUGGAUGAUAGUCUCGAAUUCACAGAUAAAGCUGCAGAAUUUCUUAGUGAACAGCUUACACGCAUCUCUUUGCCGGAUCUUUCGAAUAUUGAGCAAGCUCAAUUACUUGCUUUGGUCCAUACAAUUGUUCAGGUAGAAAGUCAGAAAAGAAGUUUAGAUGAAAAUGGUGUCAGAUAUGUGAUUUUUAUGCGUCGAUAUCAUUAUUUGCAACGUGCGACAAUGCCAGGUGCGUUACGUGCGUCUGGGUUAAGCUAUCGUGAUAUGAUUUGGGCUUUGCACAGUGAAUCUCAGAAUUUGCUGGUCGAGUAUAGCAUAAGUGCUUCUGGCGGUAGUUUCUUAUGGAAAGAUGCCAAAGUUCACGGAAUAAUUUUGUGGCUUAGUAACAUUGACACAGUGCGUCAACAAAUGGAAAUCAUCGCAAGGAACCAAUACAUGGCCAAAGAAGACCGAGAUCCAACAGACGCUGCACUAUUCUAUAUGGCACUAAGAAAAAAGAAAUUAUUAUUAGCGCUAUGGAGGACCGCUAAUCACCUUAAAGAGCAGGCCAAGAUCAUGCAAUUCCUCGCAAAUGAUUUCGAAGAACCACGAUGGAAAACGGCCGCACUGAAGAAUGCAUAUGUUUUAUUAGGGAAACAACGUUAUGAAUAUGCCGCCUCGUUCUUUUUGCUUGGAGACUGUUUAAAAGAUGCAGUGAAUGUUUGCUUGAAACACCUGGAUGAUUUCCAAUUAGCGGUUGCUAUAUGUAGAGUAUAUGAAGGUGAUGAUGGACCCGUUUUGAAAAGUGUCAUUCAAGAACACAUCAUUCCAUUGGCCAUCCGGACGGAAGAUCGUUGGUUAGCACAUAUGGCUUUUUGGAUGAUGAAUCAGAGAGAUCUAGCAUUACAAGCCACAAUGAUGCCUCUUGAACAACUCUAUGAAAAAGAGCUCAAACAAGAAUCAACUAUCACUUACAGUCCGGAAACUCAAGAUGCAGCACUAAUAGUCUUAUACAAGCAAUUAAAAGAAAAGUCAAUACAAACCCUAAGAGGCGCUGCUCAAAUAUCCGCAGAAACAGAAUAUUCUUUAGUUCUUCGUACAAUCUUUGCGUACGAACGUAUGGGAUGUCCCUUAUUAGCUCUACACGUCCUAAAGACGUGGAUAUUCACGUUUGAACCUGCAUCAAGAACAUCUACCACAAUAUUUCAUCAUCGUAAAAGGACUACCGUAAUUGAUGUCCCGUUACCAAGUGACGAUGAUCCUAUUUCUAAAGGUGUUGUGAGUUUCGAUGAAUGGGGAUGGGAUAUGCCUGCAGCAGCAUCAACAGCAACCACUUCAAUCAAUAAAGAUCGAGACGAGAAUAUUUUCGAAUUUUUUCCUACUAUUGACCAGUCAAAAACAGCAGAUAUAUUUGCAAGUCAAUCAAAUGGUUGGUCAUGGAAAAGAACUAGAUCCAAUCCUAUGGACAUUUUUACAGAUGAGAGUUCAUUAAACAUCUUAACAGAAAAUACGAGAUUAUCGACUAUGACACUAUUAGAUGAUAAAGAUCUUAGUAUCUACAAAUUCACUUUGCAAGUUUUGGAUGGUGUUAGCAUUGUUUCCCAAUACUCGUCACUGUUCAGCAAAAGCUUACUAUAUCGUGAUUAUCUUGAUCGACUGUAUCAAGGACUAAAGACUAUUUAUUCAUACGCGCUUUCAUUCCGUUUGCUCAAUGCUGAAGUCAUAUCGGAAAAGAAUACAGAGCAAAUUGUAGAAACAUUAAUUAAUGAUUCGUAUGCACUGGCAUCUCUUACUUUUAGCAGAUUACAAAUUGCGAUUCAAGGGCAUCUAUGUAAAUGGGCAAGGGAAACAUUAUUAUCAUUCAACGAAUGGCUUCCAUACGCUCGAAUCAAAACAGAACAUGCAACAUUACCACCCGAUAUACGAAUUCAAAAAAUAACAUUAUCAGCAUUUGUCACCCUCUGCCUCUUAUCUGUUCGCCAGCAACAAUACGAUCAAGCAUGGGCAUGUUUACUCAACUGUGCGAAAUUUUUCCACGCAUCGCUUCGCGCUUCUAUCGACCUGUCGGAAGUGGUCGGUGAUGUUCUUCACGAAGUCAAGCAACCCGAUACCUCGUAUGAUGUUAUCAGCGAAAAUGAUGUGCUAUUUGAUAAUAGUGAGCAAGGGCAUGGCUGGGGAUUUGACGAUAUUGUCUAUGGUGAAGUGAAUAAACUCAAUGAUCCGGAACUUGUGGCCAGAAUUUUGGAAAUUGCCACCAUUAAUCAUCUUAUUUAUGCAUUGGAGAUAUUUCUACAUAAUUGUCAACCACCUACAUCUGAUGAUCUUGAGCCAUUUGUUACUACUGCGUAUCUUGAGCCAAUGCUUGAUAUGUCGACCCGCAUGGAACGCGAAAUAUUACAAUCUUUGCCUCAGUUGACACAAGAUAAUGUCACGAUACUUUUCAAAGAACCGAAACAUAAACAGUUUUGGGGAUCUUUGAUCUGCAUAAAUGAACCGAGCAUUUUGUUGCCAAGUUUUUCUACAUCUUCAUCAACAGCUGCUGCCUCAAUCUCUACAUCGGAAUUAUCAUCAAAAAUCAUGGUUACUACUUUGUCGAGGAGACUAAAGUUUGGCUCUUUAUAUAUUUGGCCUCAACAACCAAAACCACCACCUCCACUAUCUUUAUGGCAUACUAAAACAAAUCCGAAUCCAUUUGAUAUAUUUGAUUUGCCGCAUACAGCAUGUGCAGCAGACAUUAAAAAACGUUAUUAUGAUCUAGUAAAAGAAUAUCACCCGGAUCAAAGUAGAGAUACUUCUGCAGUAGUAUUAGAACGAUUUCGUAAAGUGGUAGCAGCAUAUGAAAUUCUAGGUAACCCACGUAAAAAAGAUCUUUAUCUUCGAUAUGGAUUUGGGUGGGAAGAACAACAAAACAAUUCAUCAUCCGCCAAUUUUUACAAUAAUAAUAAUCAUUCAAAAUUUCAUAAUAAAAAUUGGCACGAUAAAGACAGAUACCAUGGAGCAUUCAACAACAAUGAACCAAUAUUCAUGGCCAAUUCGUAUCUGGCCGCAUUUAUAAUAACCACCGCGUUGUUUGGUGGAAUGAUUCAGUUACUUCGAUUAGAGAGUUCUAGUAUGUCGUUGAGAGCUGCCGCUGAUAGACAUCAUCUGCAAGCUAGUAAGGAUCUGAAAUCUGCCAGACGGGAGGGUCAGGUGUAUGGAAAGAGAAGAAAAGCGGAAAUUAUGUUGAUGGCGCAUUAUCUUAAUGGUUGGCAGGCUGAUGGGAAUGUAUGCAAAAGUGCUAAUAUAUCAGCGGCAGAUGGUCUUGAUUAA